AUGGAUCAGGUACAGUUUGAUUUUGAUCUGAAAUCAAGCUGCUCGACACAGACCAGGCAUUCGGCUAAUAUUUUUAAUAAGACCAACAAUAUGAUAUACAACAACCAACUUGGUACACCUCCGGCGCUUCCUAGUCCAGACUAUGACUAUAGGAUGGAUUACUUUCAUUAUAAACCAGUAAGUGGUGAUGUAAGAGAUGAAAGUGCCGAUAUGGUCGAGGCGGAAUACGUGGAUUGUGAUCUCAAACCUAAAUUGUCGGUUGAUGUGAAUACGUUUGGUGGAAACCAGCAGUUUAUAUCACCAAUUGAACUUGGAGAGUAUAAAAAAUUCACUCCUAAUACUAAUCCAUACAACUUUUUACUUGUGGAUGAUAACUUUAUCAAUUUGAAGAUAUUAGAAAGAGUACUCCUUAAAUUAUACCCAAAUUGCACGAUCGUGAAGACACAGGAUUCCACAAAGAUAAUGGCAUUGUUGCAUUCACAAACAUUUGAUGUAGCAUUUCUCGACAUUGAGAUGCCAGGUUUAACAGGCAUAGAGUUAGCAAAAAUGAUUAGAAUGGAAGAUAAGUUGAACCAAGUGGGCAUCAUUGCUGUGACCACUAAGAGUUUGCCAUGCGACAAAAUAAUUUAUGAGCAAGCUGGUAUUGAUCAUACUUUCGCAAAGCCAUUAAACUAUUCAUUUGAUCAUAUCAUUACUUGUAUUGAGAAGGUUUUAAGGGCGAAAAUAUAA